CACACUCCGCGAUCCGAAUUAAAAAUUUUGGUGAAGUCUUCCUUCAUUAUUUCCUGGUCGCGCUAUCUCAACUGAGCUAGCUAGCGGAGAGCUAUGACAAGGCAUGUCUGUGAAGAGACUGUUGUGUCUAGCAGACUCUACCUGCGCGAUCUGUGGCGUUGUUGUAGUUAGGGAUUAGGCAGCCAAGCCUCCGCCAAUACCAGUGGACUAAAGUAACUCUUAGUUUAGAAGUUCAGCUGCAUUGCAUGUUAUUCCUGUAGAGGAAAUCUACAAGCUGGCAACCAUGCCCUAGAGUCUACUCUGUAACAGUGUAAGCUGCAUUGUCCAGGCAGGAAUGGCCGGCCAACGAUAGCACUGAAAGCAGCUGAUACGGGUAUUAUUUUGAAAGAGCAGCGAGCGAUGGAUGAAUUACUUGCUACCCAACCAGACCGUGGUGAAUUUGACCACUGCACAAACUGUCCGAAUGAUGAAGAGGAGAACGCUUCGGGCAACGACGACAGUGGUUCUGGUGCCGCGCUGCUGGGCGACAAUGAUCCCGGAGAGAGUUUCGUAGUGCUGAACGGAAGCUCUGUCACUUCGCAAGAUGGGCCAGGCCUGCACGUUAGACUAGCGGACAAUGAGAGUGAAGUAGUUAGCAGUGCCAGUAGUCUGAGUAUGUCCCUAAAUUCAAGAGUGCCUGUGAUGCCUGUGAUUGAACAGACGCGCACUACAGAAAUGAGUGCUGCAAGGUCAACAGACGUCCACCGCACGGCUGUAGCAGAACGGUGCUCUAAGGAGUCAACAGAAGUCCACCGCACGGCUGUAGCAGAACGGUGCUCUAAGGAGUCAACAGAAGUCCGACGCACGUCUGUAGCAGAACUGUGCUCUAAGCAGGAGAAACAGUUACAUGGAGAUUUGAAAAUGCAAACAGCAACCGCACAAACGUCUACUUCUGCAGACAAUGCACUUGCAGGGACUGUUCUAGAGCGUAUUCGGCUGCUAGCAAAUGAGAAUGACACGCUGCGGAGCACACUACGACACACUAAUGACCUGUUGCGGGAUCACCUAUCGCACGAGUACAACAGAAAUCUUCGUACUGCAGCAGCGGAAUGUCCAGUGUCAGACUUUCCAUUACAAAGAGUAGAGCCGCAGCAGCACUCUGACCGACAACCACAGGCUGACCCGCUACGGCACACUGACCUGCUACGGCACACUGACCUGCUACGGCACACUGACCUGCUACGGCAGACUGACCUGCCACGGCACACUGACCUGCCACGGCACACUGACCUGCCACGGCACACUGACCAGCAGCAGUUGCAGCAACGAAAUGAGGUGCAACAUGAGGCAAUGUGCGAGCAUCCGGUGACUGCAUCGGCCAGUGGAGCAGGUAGUGGUCAUCAAGGUAUGACUUGCACACACAACGACCCACAACCACAACGUGAACAGGAACGAGAGGAGCAACAACACUUUGAGCACCAACAGCAACAGCACCAACAGCAGCACGACCACCAACAACAGCACCAGCAACAACAGCACCAGCAACAACAGCACCGACAACGCCAGCAACUGCAGCAACAGCACAAGCACCAGCAACAGCACUCUACUGCAGAGCUUCACGAGCAGCAGUUGAAGAUGGAACAGCAGGAGAAUGAACACUUGAGAAGCCUUGUGCAGACUUUGAAACAUCAGGUUGAGUUUCUACAGAGCGGGGGAGAUACGAGUAGUUUCAUGUCUUUGAAUGAGAGCAAUAAUACAGAGGUUGUUGAUGGUUACCUGCGUCGUGAGCAGAUAGCACCAUUCGGCAACGAAUCAGCACACCUCAGCAAGUGUUUACACGCCCAAGAACCGAAUGUGAUCAAAGACCGCACGCUACCAGUGUCGUCAUCAUCAACAACAGCAGAUGAUUCUUUGCUCUCAGAAGGAAGGGAAAGAAUGCCAUUGGUACUGGCUCUAGCAGCCUCCACAGCAGAAUCGUUGGCACAACCGCCACAGGCAACAGCAACUUCAGCAAGUACAGAAACAAGAGCCGAAGGAGAAGAAGAUGCUGUGCUACCCUUGGCAGACGCAGGAUGCGCUCACACCAGGUUGGAAGACGAGAAUAAAAUAUUGAUCGCUGAGUUGUCAAGUCGUGACAAAACGAUCUCCACGUUGACACAAAAGCUUGAUGCAUUGCAGGCUGAGUGCAACAGGAGAGUGGAAGUGAUCAUGCAGGACAAGACCACGAUGGCUGGAAAGUAUUUGGACGCCAAGGCUCAGCUGGACACAACCACGUGCCAAGUUGAUGCACUGGAGGAAAAGACAAGAGUUUUAGUUGAAAGGCAUGGACUCGUGCAAACACAGUUGGAGGCCAGUCGCAAAGAAACACAAGUGCUUCUGGAGGAGAAUCGGCAAGGGAAAUUGACUCUGGCGACAUCAAACGAAAGAAUCAAGAGAUUGGUGGAGGACAGCGCUGCAGCAGGUCGAUUACAACAAGAAGUUGAGGAGUUGGAGGAGCAUGUCCGUCUGAAAAACGAGCAAAUGAACUAUCUGACCAUUGAGCUUCGUGACGCCGAGAGCAAGGCCGAGGCGCUACAGGAACAAGCCAAGCAAGCUGUGGACCAGGCUCAGGCGGAGGCCAACUUGCAGCGCUACCAGAAGAUGUUGGCAGAACGUGAUGCCAUUGUGCGGGAUACCAAAACAUCGCUGGAGGCUCUAGAGUUGAGAAUGAAAACUGUCGAGGAGGAAAGAAAAUCACAGCUGCUCGCCAAUAUUGCCAAGGACGACGUCAUAGCACGGCUGCAGGUAAAGAUGGCAGAGCUGGGUGAACGGAAUGACCAUCUGGAAAAACUCCUUGCCAGAGCAACCCAAGAACAAGAACAGGGUGUGCAGCAAGAUGGGAUUGCCAAUAGUACUAGCACGCUUAACGUUAGUAGCCCUACUCUGCAUUCCAGCCCUGGUGACACUGUCGGUCAUGGCAUGGACAUGAGCCAGCAAGUGCUGGAACGUGACACCAGCAUUGCUGAUCUCCAGCAGAGGGUCACAGAGUUUGAAAUGAAGUGCAGUGUAUUGGAACAGGUAAUUAUGUAUACUUGUUAUGCUACUGCCAUAGCCAUACUGCCAUAG